AGCGGGCAGGCGGGGCUCCUGAAGGGAUCGCGUCAGAGCCGCGAGGCUGCUGGCGCGCAGCUGUGCCCGCGGUAAGGCGGUGCCUCGCCGCUUUGCUCGGAGCAGCCCGAGACGCCUUCUCGCUCGCGGUAUCUGCUUUGUAAGCCAUGCCUGUUUCAGCUGAUGAAACUGUGGGGAACCUGGCUAUGAGAGAUACAGUCCUAACUCCAGCUGGAAUUGAAAGAUUACAAGAAUCAUCAUCUACACAGAAUGUAAAAGCUCAAGAAGUCAUAUCACGAAUCAGUCGAGAGGAGCUGGAAGACAGAUUUCUUCAUCUACGUGAUGACCACAUCCUACUCAAACAGCAUGCAAAUAAGCAAGAGGAGAAAAUUAAAAGAAUGACCACCAAAUUAAUGCGGCUUGUUAAUGAUAAAAGAAAAUGUGACCAGGCUGGCUGUGGACCCAAGCGGCUGGGUAAAGCUCUGGAGCUGGAAGACAUGAUUGAGCAUUUGCAAGAAAGAGUUCGUGAGCUUGAGAAACAAAACGAGAGCCUCCGCAACAAACUCAUUUCAACUAAACAGCAGCUCCAGAUUCAAGGCCAUAGGCCUUGUCUGUACAGCUCUGUUCAAUCUCGUGUGAACACUGGUCUCAAAAAAGAGAGUGAGGCUGUGGGAAUGCCAGAGCACACCAAGAAGGGAAUGAGAUUUCAGAGUUUAGAAGUGAGAUCAUCUGAUCUUGUGCUCUCCAAAUAUGGACAGAGUCUGCUCGAGGCUUCAAGGGCUGAAAUCAGAAAUUUGGAGACUGUCAUUGAGUCCCAGAGGAAACAAAUUGAGGAACUAGACCAUGCCAGAGAGAUUCUUGGGACUCAGCUGAGGAGGAAAGAAAAGGAAAUUGAAGAAUCCACCCUACGGCUGAAAGAGCAGGGUACAGCAAACCAAAGGCUAAACAUUCAGGACAAUGUGGAAAUGAUCAAGGUCCGUAAACAGCUGGCUGAGAAAACCAAUGCUCUCUCAGUAAUGGAAGGAAAAGUUCUCCAGCUUCAAGAGAACCUAAAGAACUUGAAGACCAACCAUGAUGCUUUAUUAGCAAAAGGUGAUGAACUGAAUAUUCAGCUUAAAGAUGAACGGUUGAAGUGCUUUCACCUUCAAAAAGAAUUGCAGUCGGUGACUAUUUCAAACAGAAGGACAGAAGAGUUGCAGGAAAGAAUAAAUGAUCUAGAAAAAGAGAAUGAGCUCUUGAAGGAAAACUAUGAUAAGCUGCAUAACAGUGUCUUCAGUCUGCCCCAUGAACAGCAAUGGAGAUCAAAGGAACAGCAACUGAAACUGCAAAUUGCUAAACUAGAGACAGCUAUCAAAACUGAUUUAGCAGACAAAAAUGAAAUCCUUGACAAGAUCAAAGUAGAAAGAGACCAAAAGGAAAAGCUGAUGCAAGACAACAAAGACCUGCAGUUACGCUACCUGGAACAAAAGCAACAACUAGAUGAUCUGAAAAAUCAAGUGAAGUUUUUGACCAAGUUUCAGGAAAGAAGAGAUGGUGUGGCAGAGCUCAAUGAAACCCUCUUCCAUAUAAAGGAUCAAAAGCAACGAAAGAAUGUGGACGUUCUGUUUUUGGAAAAAGUGGAAGAUGAUAUCCAUAAAGAUUUAGAACACGCCAUGCAGGAGCUGCAGUUAACACAUGCGGAAACAGUGCAAGAACUUGAAAAGACAAGGAAUUUGUUACUUGUGCAGCACAAAAUUAGCAAAGAUUACCAGACUGAAGUAGAAACAAUAACAAGAAAGAUGGAAAGUCUACAGAAAGACUACGAGUUAAAACUGGAACAGUAUACCCACCUUCUCGAUAUUAGAGCUGCACGUAUCAGAAAACUAGAAGCCCAAUUAAGAGACAUUGUGUAUGAUACAAAACCACUUAAGUCCAGACCAGAAGUAUUUCCAAGUGAUCCAUUGGGUGGAUUUGUUGAAACUGUUCAUUUAGAAAGAGGAGAGAACCUUUUUGAAAUUCAUAUCAGCAAAGCGAUCUUCUCUUCUGAAGCUGUGCACACUUUUGGUGACUGGGAACCUGCAACCUUUUGUACUUAUGCAUUCUAUGACUUUGAACUUCAGAUAACCCCAGUAGUUCAUGGGAACAUCCCAUCAUACAACUUCACUUCUCAGUUUCUUGUGCAGUCUGAUGACAGCUUCUUUCACUACAUACAAGAAAACAGCGUCACACUUGAGGUUCAUCGUGCGUAUGGCAUAGAUUAUGAAACAAUUGCUUCUUGUCAGCUUAAGUUCCGUGAGGUCUUGGAAAAGGAUGGCAAGAUCUACAACACAGCAAACUUAGUUGGAAAAACAGGACACAUUCAAAAUUAUGGUACCGUAGAAUACUGGAUCAGGUUACAAGUUCCUAUGGACCAAGCUAUUAUUCCCUACAAACAGAGGUCAAAGGCUCUGGGGUAUAUAACACCCAGGUUUAGGGAACAUGAACAACCAUCCAAGACACCAACACUCAAGAUGAAGCAGCAUGCAGCUCAAGCACACAAGAGAGUCUCUUUUCUGGAUCUUAGUACAAUACAGAUGACACAUGUGGUACAGGAGGCUAAACAGCUGUCAGGUGACAAAGUGAAGGAGAUGGCUGAAGAAAUUCAGCAGGAAAAAGAAGAGGUCUCUCAUCUGUCAGAGGAGCAGUUGGCUGACCAAACAUUGAUUACUUCCAGAGAUGAGACAGAAGUAAUUGAAGAAUUGGAACCAGAAGACCAAGAAGAUCAUCAAGAGGAUGAUGCUGUUGAAUCAAUAAAAACUGACAGUGAUGACUGUAUUAUUUCAAGUCCAGUAUCUACAAAUAUUAAACAGCGGAGUCAGAGUAUACAUGGCAAUUACUUGGAAGUUGAAAAAAUACGGAUUAAAAUUACAUCACUUGGUCUUACUGAGUCACGAAUUACAGCAGAUGAAACAAUACAGCAGCUGUUUGUAGAAUGCAGAUUGAACAAUUUCCUUGCAGAGGAGACCCCACUGUCACUUCCAAAGCCAACAGGUGGUCAGAGGAUUCACUAUAACUAUAGCACUGUGAUAAAUGUGGAUAAGGAAGAUAAUCAUGCAGAAAGAGAGUAUCUCAAGUCAAUUCUUCUAAAGCCAGAUCUAUCUGCUAACAGCCUAAAAUUUACAGUGGUCAGUGAUCCCCCGGAAGAUGAACAGGAUCUUGAAUGUGAGGAUAUUGGAUUUGCUUAUGUCAGUUUAAAAGAGAUAUUCCAGAAGCAAAGGGAUAUCAUUGAGCAAGAUAUUGAUGUUUUCGACGCCCAAGAUGGCAGUGCCGUAAUUGGGAGGCUCACGGUGACAGUGGAAGCCCUCAGCGCACUGCGUUCCGUCCACGAGGAAUGCAAAAGCCAUUAGGAGACAGGAACGGGACACGGGCCUGCUCUUGCUCCCAGUGUAAAGAUACACUUGAUGGCUCAUCAGAAAUUAGACCUUUAUCAUUCUUACAGCAUAUUUAAUGUAAAAUGUAUAUGAAAACGAUGCUGGAUGUCCUGGUAGAAAGUUUUGUACACUUUUCAGUCUGUUUUCUUAUUUUUAAGGUGAAUCAUUCUUGCUGAAUCAUUCUUCAGGCUCUCAACACUUGACAGUAUCACAGUCUAACUUACUUCCAACAAAGUUUGGCUUCAAAUGCAAGCUUGCUUGUAAAUUAUCAGAUACCAAUUGGGGGUAUUUUGUCUAAGGAAGUAAGUGAUGGUGAACCUUCAAACAGAAAUGCUGGUAGAGUCUUCCUGAGAGUAGUUCUAUCACAAUACAUUUUAAUGUUUAUUGUCAUGCUUUGCUGUAUGCCAUCAAAUUUUCAUCCAGUUUUGUGAAGCACUUGACAGAAAAUAGCUGUUAUUGUUACCAAUGUGAUUUGCUCAGGUAAUGUUUCUGUAGAUUUCAGUGGUAAACAAUUGGUUAUGGUUUAUUCCUGGGUUCGGAGUUUUUUAUAUUAGGCUUAGAUUAUUUUAGGAGUAAGGAUAGCUGCAACAGUGCAAGACAGGUCUUGCACACAAUUAGCAAUUAUUUGUUUCACAUUUUUGUGGAAUUGGAAAAUAAUCUAUUUUCUAUUUAGACAAACUGUCAUUCUUGUUAAGUGCAGAAUUAUUUCUGCAUGUAUUAAAGUCACAAGAACUGAACCAUUUUUGAAAAAAUGUUGCAAAAAUGUGGUCCAUCUGCUACCAAAAAAAAUCAAUAAAGUGAACUCUUUUACUUGUGGUUAUUUACUAGUGGUUAUUCUGAUUACCUACUCAUAAGUAUAAACAGCUGCACAAGCUGACAGCCAUUGACUUCAGUGGUAAUGAACAACCAAACUUCACCUUAACAUGAGGAAGGACUUCUUUACAUUGAGGGUGGCAGAGCACUGGGACAGUUUUCCCAGAGUUUGUGGAGUCUCCUUCUCCAGAGACAUUCAAGACAGAAACCUCCAGGUGACCCUGCCUCGGGGGGGUGAUUAGACUAAAUGGUCUCAAGAGCCACCAAUUAAUUAUUCUGUGGAUAUAUUUCAAAUCAAUGCCUUUUAUUAAGGAUAAGUAAAGGUAAGAAGUUGAUGCAGCUGGGCCUAUGAAAUUUGCAGCUACCUAAAGGGCCAGUGCAAGUGCAGUGGAGCCAGCCAGACUCUCAGUUGUAGCAGACAGUGUAGAAGGGGCACAAAAGCCAGACCUUGCGGGCUUAGUGGGCUCUGGUGGGGUUUUGGGGAGACCUUGUUCCCCAGAGGGCAGGUGUGCUGGGAGGGGAUGGGAAGGGGGAGAGCACGGAGGGUGCGGGUCUGGCUGGACUCGAUGACCCCUACAACCCAGGGUAUUCCAAGUUUCUAUGCUUAACACAUUUCAAAAAUACUAUGAUUCUUGAACAUUCCUUCUUUAAUAAAGUUCAAAGAUGAAAGCAAACAUAAUAACAAAAAAUAUUUAUCCAGUAUUAAUGUGUCUUU